AUGUUUGUUAAGGAUAAAAGUCUUUUCUCCACCAAUGAAGAGACAGAACGUGUGCAAAGACGAUGGGAGGGAUUUCUCGAGUUCAAGCUUGACUUGUCGCGGACCAAGGACCUCGCCGCCGGCGCCGGGGAGUUCGUCAGCUCCGUGGAUUUCUCCGUCGGGGGCCAAGUCUGGAAGAUCAACUGCUACCCUCCUGGUUCCAGGAGAGAGAAGUACGGCGACCACCUAUCCAUCUACCUCCAGCUCGUGAGCAAGCCGCCCAAAAGCGUCAAGGUCAUCUUCGAGGUCUUCGUGAUGCGCAGAGACGGCAAGCCAUGCUUGUCCCACUUCUACUCGAGAAGGUGCAUGCAGGUCUACCCAUUACCGGACGGCUUCAAGGAGUGGGGGUGGCAUCGCUUCACGACAGGAAGCGACCUCAAGUUUUUCUACAUGGUGGAUGGCGUCGUCACCCUGGUGUGCGGGGUCAUAGUCGUCGGCGGCGAAUACGAGCCCGUCUCCAGCGUGCCACAUUCCGACCUGGCGAGCCAUCUCGGCGGCCUGCUGGAUUGCACCGCCGGCUCCGAUGUCUCCUUCGUCGUUAACGGCGAGACGUUCCCUGCUCACCGGGCGGUGCUCGCCGCCCGCUCACCGGUCUUCAAGGCGCAGCUCCUUGGCUCCAUGGCAGACGCCAAGAUGCCAUCCAUCACAUUGCACGACAUGGAUCCCGCGGCGUUCAAGGUUUUGCUCCGGUUCAUGUACACGGAUUCCUUGCCUGGGGAUGAUGAGCUCGGGUUCCCUCCAUCUGCUUUGCACUGUGCCGAGAUGUACAAUUGCCCUGAGCUGAAAAGGAACUGCAUUGCCUUCGUUGCCAAGGAGGAAAAUGUCAAGAAGACCCUGUUAACCGAUUGGUUUCUUCUGUUGGUGCAGAAGAUUCUAUCGAUUAUUGCCGAGCUGAGGAAGAAGUUGGGAGUAUAG